AUGAAUUCAGGCAUCCAAGAUGGGGAAGGAACACAUAUAUACGAAGUCCCUCCGGUCAAGCUUCCAGAUUUUCUCACCUUAGUGACUACGACUGAGCUACUGUUCAUUUUCUCGCUCUGCAUGGUGCGAUUCUGCAACCUUGCAUUUUUCUUCCGAUUGAGCAGAGACAAGUGGUUUGUCAGGGGUAUCUAUGCUGUCGGGUUCCUGGUGUUUGCGAUCACCCUAAUUGCGGUUGCCUUUGUCCUGUCCAAGUGCAAAGAUGUGAGAGAUCUGUGGAAUAUCGACAAUCCAAACAGAGACUGCAAGUCGUUCAAUGCGGAAUUUUCGGUCAUGAUCUUCCACGCCGGGAUGGGGAUCCUCAUUGACGCGAGCAUCUUGGCGCUGCCCAUCUGGAUCGUUUUCCGCAAGAUGAAAUUCUCGCCCAAGAUGGUCCGGGUUGUUCUUAUUUUUUGCGUUGGCGCUUUAUCUGUCAUUGCAGGGGCUCUGAGGCUCAUCUAUUCCGUCCUCAAUUUCGAUGCUGAUAUCACUUACAAUGUUGGUGUCGUAUCACUAUGGGGUGGUAUUGAGGGACAUCUCGGGCUCUGGACAGCAUGCUUCCCUACUCUACAACCCCUUUUCCGAUUGGCUGGCGGAACCCGAGCCUCAAAGGAAAGACACAAGAGCUAUGAGAAACCUCUCGUCAAUUCGUCACAGAGGGGGCUUUCUCGCGCAGACGCUUUGAAGAUGGUCGCCGCACAGCCUGAGGAGGCUCAGUUUGUGGAUAUGCCUUCCACA